UCGUUUCAACCUAAUGAGAAGAGUUUACCGCAUUUGUCGAAAUUUCUGGGAACUCUAAUAAAUUCGGAUUCUAGGGUUUUUGAACAGAAAGCAAGAAAACACAAUGAUUUACGACGUGAAUUCGCCUCUCUUCAGAUCCUUCCUUAGUCAGAAGGGUGGAGCUUCUGAGAAGAGGAAAAACGAGGAACAAAAACCCAAGGAGCAGAGACCUAAAGCAAGUGAGAACAAGCCUGUCAUGAACGAGUAAUGUUAGAGUUUGGCAGAUUGAUUCGUAUGAGCCAUGUAAUUUACAUCAAUUGUUCCUUGAGUAAAUUUCUUUUGAUCAAUGUGUUAAAGCCAGCUUUGAGCUUGUGAACCUUGAGUAGAUACAUUGGUAUUGAUAUUAUCUUUUGAACCUUAUCAUUCGAACAGUGUGCACUGUUUUGAUAUCUCAUUCAUAGCUGAACUAACUAUAUGGUGUACUAUGUCUCCUUUCUCUUUUGUUCCAUACAUUUUGCUGGUCCAUUUUUGUUCCUCGAACUUUCACUGUACAAAA